UCAUCCAUAGUUACAAUCGUCGGAUAUUUUUGGAGCCAAACAUGCAGACUCAGAACUUGUGGACUUUCUCAAGGUCUCUUUUACAAGGGCCAAUUUUUCAUUGGCAUUCCCCUAUAUUGCUGCUUCAGAGAAUGAAGAGGUGAUGGAAAGUAUGUUGAUUUCAGAGUUUACAGAAACUUGUGGGCAUAAUUUUGGUGCCAGUAAAGUUGCUUUCCUGGAGUCCUGUUCUUUAGAGGGAGGAAAUUAUGAAAAACUUGCAGACUUGCACACAGUCAAUGACUAUCUAGUUUCAAGGAUGGAAAACAGACCGAAGGGGCAGGCAGAUCUGGUUGUGGCCUGCCAAGGAAGCUCACAUUCUGAAAGGCAGAUUUUCUCCGAGCUUAUCAAUUCUGUGGAGCAGUCUGGGGCAAGAUAUACGGUUCUCUAUGUUUCAGAUCCAGUUAGGUCAAUUCAGUAUCCUUCUUUUCGGGAGCUAGAAAGGUUUCUUGCAGAAAGUAGCCCGGGAAAUGAAGCAGUCGAUUCGAGGGUUUGUGAUGGAGUUUGCGAGAUAAAAUCAUCACUUUUGGAAGGACUCUUAGUUGGGAUUGUUUUGCUUAUAAUUUUAAUAUCAGGCCUUUGCUGCAUGAUGGGCAUUGACACUCCUACUAGGUUUGAAACCCCCCAAGAUUCUUGAUCCUGAGAUUGUUUUGCACCUGAUAAAUAUUCAAUAAAGAAAUUUCAGGGAUAAGGCACGAGGUUAUGAGGGUAAUGGUUCUUAGAGAUUUGUUCAGUAUUCAUUUCUUACUUGUGUGGUGUAACUUGUUAUUGGUCCAUUAUUAGACUGUUUGUAAUCCCUAAAUACUUGCUUUUGUAAGUUAAAACACAAAUGACAGGGGAUGGGACUGAAAUAUUACUUGAUUAUAUUCUAAAUUGAUAAUGGAUGGUGGUGACUUUUAAAUUGA